AUGUACGCGGUCCUACCGAACUACGUCAGCGAAAUCUCCGAAAAAGCUUCCAGAGGCACCUUCUCCUGCCUCCUCAACGUCUUCCAAUGCAGCGGCAUGCUCUUCUGCUACGCAGUGGGACCCUACACCAGCGUCGUAGUCUUCAACUUCAUACUGGCCAUCUUUCCUGCCGCCUGCAUAAUACUGUUCUACCUUCUAGCCAUCGAGAGUCCCCACUAUCUUAUCAAGACGGGCCAGUACGACCUAGCCAAGUCCACGAUAGAAAGCAUCAGAGGCAAAGGAGCCAACGUUGAGAGCGAGCUAGCCAUGAUAGAGAAAGCGAUCGAGGAAGAGGGUAGGCCCAGCGUCAAGGAUAUAUGCAGGUCUAAAGGCAACAAGAAGGCCUUCCUCAUCACUGUAGUACUACUGUGUUUCCAGCAGCUGACAGGAAUCAACGCUAUACUGACCUAUGCACAGACUAUAUUCAAGGACUCGGGGACUUCAAUACCCCCAGAGAUAUGUUCGAUGAUCAUUGGGGCUGUUCAGCUGGGAGCUAGUUUCUUGACGCCCAUUUUCGUGGAUAAGCUGGGCAGAAAGAUGCUGCUGAUUAUAUCUGCGAUCGGUAUGGUUUUGUCGGAGUUGCCUCUGGGGCUGUACAGUCACUUCUAUGCGCACCAGAAGGAAGGCAGCGAUUUGUCCUAUCUACCAAUCGUUUGCUUGGUAGUUUUUAUUUUAACCUACAACGUUGGUUUCGCACAGGUGCCGUGGACAAUAAUGGCCGAGAUGUUUCCUACCGGAAUCAGAUCCAAAGCUGCUUCCUUAGUAACAGCUGCAUGUUUGUUGCUAGGUUUUUUUAUUGUCAAGUAUUUUGAGCAAAUGUCCAACAACAUAGGACUGGGCGUUUGUUUCAUGAUUUUUUCGGUGUGCUGUGCAAUUUCUACCAUUUUCGUCAAGUUUGUGGUUAUUGAAACGAGUAAAAAAAGCUUGGAGGAGAUUCAAACUGAGUUGAAUUCAUAA